CAUACACGUCAACUAAUUUAAAUUAGGGGAAACAAGACAGCACGCGAUACUUUGGUGCGUUAUGUAAAUUAAUUUCCUUUAAAAAAUAAAAGUAGUUUAGCUAGACUAGCUCGCCUUCAAUACUGGAGUUGGACUCUUCCGCCCUCUCUCCGCUUGCCGGGGAAGCUUGCCAACACGACUUCGGCUACGAACGUCCCUUCCUGCGUUACACAGCAGUGCUGCCUGGUGUGUGCAAAGGUCGCCGUCCUGUCAUUGGACAGUGUCUUGUCCUGGCGGAACUGCAGUAACGUUUCUUCCAGGCGAUGAGUAAAUAUGUAUAUAACGUCGGCAAUCAAAGAAGAUGCUAGUAAAACAAACCAGAUGUCAAUAAAACAAAGUCCGUUUACCGGAUUACUUUGAUAAUGCAGAAAAGUUUGGCGGAUGGAUACAAGCAGCUGCUAGUCAGUUUAGACGAGGAAACGUAUCGUUAACUUGAAACCAUUGUACGUGUUAUAAUAUUUUAGUAAACAGACGGAUAAUAUUGUGCUAGCAGUGAGAUUAGCGAACUAGCAGUAGCCAUUACUGGAUCCAGCUGGUUACUUUGGAAACUUCUCGAGUGAUUGGCCGUAGCCUCGCGACAGGACCGGUUCGGCGAGUUUGACCCGUUGUGAAAGACGUGUGCGUGUGCAGCGUGAUAUAAUCGUGAGACGGGAGAUGAGCUGCGCAGUCCUGCACAGACUGAGACCUGCAGCGGCCCGCGCGCUGCUGCUGCGAGCGACAGGGGACUCGCGUGGGACUGCGACCGCGCUCACGCGCAGGAGCGCAGCAGACGGAGCGGCGCAGCGCGUGCAGACGGGGACCGGCGCGAGGUUGUACAGCUUAGGGAUGCAGCCCGCGAGCGGACUCAUCUUCAGGCAGCUGUUUGAGCCCACCAGCUGUACCUACACCUACCUGCUGGGGGACUCGGAGAGUAAGGAGGCAGUUAUCAUCGACCCGGUGCUGGAAACUUUGGACAGAGAUGUCAAGCUGAUUGAGGAGUUGGGUCUCACGCUAAAGACAGCAGUGAACACCCACUGCCACGCAGACCACAUCACCAGCACAGGGCUAAUGAAGAAAAGGGUGUAUGGGAGCAAGAGCGCCAUCUCUCAGCUGAGUGGAGCUACUGCAGACAUUCUGCUGUCCGAGGGAGACUGCAUCACCUUCGGGAAACAUAGCCUGAUGGUGCGGGAGACCCCAGGCCACACGGAUGGCUGUGUCACACUGGUCAUGGGGGACCAGUCCAUGGCCUUCACAGGAGACUCACUGCUGAUCAGGGGCUGCGGCCGCACAGACUUCCAGCAGGGCUGCUCCAGGAGACUUUAUGAGUCGAUCCACCAGAAGAUCUUCACACUGCCUGGAAAGUGUCUCAUCUAUCCCGGGCAUGACUACAAAGGCCAGACAGUUUCAACAGUGGAUGAAGAGAUGAGGUUUAACCCUCGCCUGACCAAGACAAUGGAGGAGUUUGUGGACAUCAUGGCCAAUCUGAACCUCCCAAAACCUGAUAAGAUAGAUACUGCAGUGCCUGCAAACCUGGUGUGUGGACUUCAUGACAUUUGAAUUCCAGGAAGAAAACACAUAUAUAAUAUCAACAUACGCAAACAGCUUGUAAAUGUAAUUAGAUGCUCUUUGUCCUAGAUGCUAUAAUGUUUGUAAUGUAUUUUAUACCACAAAGGUUACAGGGGCUAACACUUACUUAAAUAUGAAUCAGUGAAAAUUUUUAAAAAGUUGUGUUGUGUAUUAGCAUAAUCAUGCUUUGGAGUUAUUGAUUUUUUUCUUCAUGCGUAACAAAUCAUCAGUCCUGUUGGUUAGGUAUGUGAGGGUUAAAUGGCAAUGUUCCUUUUCAGAUACUCCUGCAGAUAUACCAAUGUUUGCCUUGUGUGUAACAGACAAAAUUAUGACAUAUGCUAUUGUCACAUAUUACAUGGGAAAACAAAAACCAAAUGAACUGUUGUUGCUGAAGCAGUGUAAUGGUUUAUUUAAUGAUUAAAUUUGA